UACACAAGAUAACUGUACAGACGUGGACACUCUAAGUAUAUACAAUGAUACCCCUGAGAAAUCAUGCUGUGUCGCUUCUUGAGACUCAUACACACGGGAAGCGGACCACCCCGAAAACCCUCUAUGCCUUGCACCAUGGGAGGCGAAACAGAUCCCUGAAAUGAAACCGCGACAACGACUGGUUCUCUGCCUCUGCUCUUCUGCGGCACAGAAAUUGCGACGACAGGCCAAGACUUUUGAGGGAUUGCGGUGCAGCAAUCCGAAGAAGGAUUGGCGUAAUCGCGAAGAAUACUACCUCCUAGUUUCAUGCGUAAAGGCCCACUGGUUGGCCGAGUCCGGGGUUCGUCUUACUGUGGUGUGUUGCAAUAUUGGAUCCGAUGCAACGCUACAAAAUCAUUUUUUAGUAGUGAACUGCCAUCAUCACCAGGCUCCGACCAUGCCUCUGCAUGGCAGGCUAACCGAAGGCGGCCCAGAAGUGGGAGCCUCCGCGAAGCUUCUGAAAAUCCCUGCCGGAAAAGCGUCCCCGUCAACGUGCUUAAGUAUCCAUAUUGCGUGUGAUCCUACGGUCACUCGACCUUAUUCGCUUCUGGGUACCGAAAUGCAGAUUCAAUGGAACUAUAUGGCAUGGCUUUGCUGUAUAGAACUUUUCACCCUGAGGCUAAUCACAUGCGAGCAACUGCGCGUCCAAUAUAAACCGCAACGGCAUUGGCCAGAUAUGUGCAAUGCCGAAAGGGCUAAUCACUAGGUGAAUAAGUAUACACACUGGAAUUCGGUUAUGGGACCAACCCAUCUCGGUGGCUUCAAUCCGAGAAGGAUUCAACAGGGAGGUUUGAUUUCCUCACUUAAGGAACUGUCCUAACCUUAUCUUUCUCUUCUCCAACUACCCCUUGCUCGCAAU